AUGGACGCAGCGGACCCAGAACUGCAUGAAAGUUUGAGCGGGUGCCUGGAAAACGAACUGAGGGACAACUACCUAGAUUCGAUGAUUGAGUGUGGUGGAGACGACUACCACUCGGAUGACGUCCACUACGAUCCGGAUGACUUAACUGAAGAGACGAAGAGAAAAAAGUACCACACGUACGGAAGGAGGUACUCAGAUAAGGACUUCCAAGCAGACAACGUGCAUAAGUACUACCAGCAUUUGCCCCUAUAUUACGGUGGGGAAAAAGAGGGGCCAAUAAAAAGGUUCAAAAGGGUUUACAGAGCGAAUAAGAUAGAAAACUUGGAGAGGAACAUUAGGGAAGAAGAUUUGUAUUACCCCUCCGUCCCUGUGCAGUGGAAGGUAUACGUUUGUCUCUUCUUAGAUAAGCAGUAUAAUUACGAAACAGAAAGGGAGCAACAUAUUUAUGAACGGUUUAAUAAAAAUGUACGGCACAGAUAUGCCUUGGAAUUCCUCUCCUGGGUGAAGCUCUCCACAAGAAUUUACCAAAACACUUCAAAAGUUUUGAUGGUUUUUAAUUUGAAGAGAAAGGAAAACAUCUUUGGCAACCUCCUCUUCUUCACCUCCGUCAAUCUACACUACGCAGACAUGUUUAUGAAGUCUAAUCCGUAUGUGAAGCUGGGGCUUUGCGAGGAGCUGUAUUUAUAUGCCUACGAGCACAACAGUGACCACUUCUUGCUGGGGACCUUCCCCAAUUUGUUCCUACAGAAGAAUUAUCUCUUUCUUAAAUUUUUUAAUAUAAAGAAGUUGCAGGAUGUUAAUGCGCUGUAUGAAAAGCACAUGCGUUUUUUCGUUCGUUCCAAUAUGGUUUUUAAGUUGGGCGUGCUGAAACGGGCCGCCAAAGAUACCUUGAAGGACCUGUUUUUGACCCCCAGGCAGUACCUGCCCAUCACGGAGGCGCAGACGAGGAGCGUGCUGGCCAAGUUCGACCGGGAGAUGGGUGCCUUCGAGCGCUGCUCCGCGGUGGAGGUGCGCGCGGACGGCAAGGCGGGAGCCACGCACGGCGCGGGUAGCGGUGGUAGCGGUGGUAGCGCGGGUAGCGCGCGUAGCGGCGAUAAUGGAGGUGACGCCGCUGACACGUCCAGCAACGAUGCCGCCGCAAACGCUUCUAACAGCGCCAACCGGGGGCGCUUCUCACACGAGUGCGUCGGCGAGCUGACCAUCGCCAACUGCAGGGACGAGGAGGAGGCGCGCGAGUUCCUGGAGAAGGACCCCUACACGAGGUGCUGCCUGUACGAGAGCAUCUUCUUCUGCGAGGUGCGCGAAGUGGCCCCCCACGUCAAGUACGCGCAGGGCUACAUGCCCAAGGCCAAGUCCUGCCUGGACUACCGCUACCAGCUGGACGCCAACCUGAACCCCAACUACUGCCUGGAGGAGAAGCCAGAGUACAUGGGGAACAGGAGCCUCGCCCAGAGGGAGUUCGAAAACCACGAGCGGGUGGACCUCGACCUGCUGGACGCCUUCAUCAAGUUGAAGUACGCCAACCGGGAGGUGCAACUGGCGGCGGAGCAGGCGGAGCAGGCGGAGCCGGCGGCGGGAGGGGAAGUGGCGAACGAUGGAGCGGCGAACGAGGGAGAGGCGAACGAUGGAGCGGCGAACGAUGGAGCGGCGAACGAGGGAGAGGCGAACGAUGGAGCGGCGAACGAGGGAGAGGCGAACGAGGGAGAGGCGAACGAUGGAGCGGCUAAUGAUGAAACGACGAACGAGGGAGAGGCGAACGGAGGGCCCACCCCUUCCAGCGCCCCGCUCCAAAAGGGGGUAGCCAAACGGUACAAAAUAAAAAUCGUGGACUACGACAAUGACUACAUGGAGUACCUCUGCAACGUGCAACAGAACAAAAUUGUGCAGGUAAAAAAGGGAGAGAGGGGAGAGGCCCCCCCGGACGAGACGACCCCCUGCCUGUCGAGAGACAUGUACGAUGCCCUGGUGAAAGACAUGAGGGACCCAAGCAUUUACCGCAAGAAGGACAUCAUCCUCGUGGAUAAUACUCUGGAAUUUUUUGAUCAUCUCUUUUUUAAAGACUACUUGUCUCAAUUUGUUUACAUUUCUCUCCCCCCGGGGGAAUUCAUCGAAGAACCAUAUGCCAUAAAAGAUGAAAAGAAUUAUGAGUUUACCAUUUUUAACAAUUCGCUAGCUAGCCAAGAGGACUUCCUAAAGAGACAGAACUACCAGCCGAGGUUCCUAAAGGGCAUUUGGCUGAAGAAGGACCAGUCCAAAAUUUUAUUCUACGAUAAGCAGAACAACGCUCUCAUGUUUGGCACAGGGAUUGACAAGACCUUCUCUUGGAAUAGGAAGGUGGACCGUCGCGUUAUGAAGAGGGCACUAAUAAACAUGGAGAUCGCUUUGGAAAAGAUUCGCCAAGGGAGCUGCGUACUGAAUGAUGAUGUUACUGUGAACCAGGAGACUGAGCGCACGAUAAAGGAGUACACGGAUGAGUACACCUCGUUCGAGCGGCGGUUCACUUCCCCGCACAACCAACUGGUCUCAUCGGAGGGCUACCCGGAUUUGAAGCCCCCCCCAGGGCUGGAGUACCUCAACCCGCACAUCUGGGAGAAAACCCCCGAGGAGCACAAGCAGCUGCUGCUGGACACGGAGCGCGUGCAGAAGAUCCACUCGAAAUUUCUGAAGAAGCUGGAGCUGUACAAGGCGUCGAUUGACGACGACCCCUUCGCGCAGGAGGUCCCCGCGGAGAGCGACAUCCUGGCCAACUCCGACAAGGUGCAGGUGCAGUACCUGUGA